ACUCCUUUAUCUGAAAUGGUUUGGUCCAAACACAAAGGUUUGGGUCUUCAAGAUCUUGCUUCGCGUUUAGGUGAAAAGAAAGCCUCUCAAUUAUGGAAUACUGAAUCCUUCAAUAUAGUAAUUUCAUCACCAAAACACGCUGAUCAUGGGGAGAGUAGCCACUCUAAAGAUCUUGCUGAAGUUGGUUUAAAUUUGUUGCAGUUGAAACCAAAUUGUGAGGAGAAAAAUGGUGCUUCAAGGAAAAAUGAAUCUGUGAUUAGGAAUGACGAACAAGAAUCAAGAAAUUACGGAGAUUUGAACGUCUCAAACAAAAGGGAGGUUAAUUUAGGUAAAGGAAUUCCAAGAAAUAAUCAGUUAGCUGAUAAAGAAGUUGAAAACACUAGCCAGUCUGUUGAUACAAUCCAGGUCAAGGAUCUUUUUUCAGGUCCAAAUAAGCUAGAUCAAACUGCCGAAUGUUUAUCGUAUAACUUGAAGGAGCGCAAUGGUAAAUCCUCCGGCAACUUUAUAAAAGAAUCAGAUCAAAUGGAAGUCUGCGAGACCUCCAGCAGGGCAAUACAACCUGCUAACCAAGGUUUCACACAUGGAAAUCCAUUAAUGGCAUCAUCAGGCUCAAAAUUAAUGAAUACCGCUGAAAGGAAAUGUUUUAAAAUGAUUGAUUUUGACAUCAAUAUUCCAGUCAUACAAGAAACUACAGAAGAAGAUGAAGUUGAAUCUUUUCGAGCACAUCACAAGGGCAAAUCGACUCUUAUAGAAUCAAGUAAAAGUAAAGGUAAGGCACAAGUUACAUCUUUUGCUGACGAAAGUGAGAGUUCAAAGGACAGUGGACAUAGCCAUGAUAGUGCUGAAAGCAGCAGCAGCAAAUGGCUUAUAUCAACAAGCAAGAGAGCAAGGAGCUACAAGUUAGAGACAUCCGUGGAGAACAAAAGGCUAAAGAAACAAAGCUAUGAAGGAUGCAGCUCAGGGUCUGGAGGGAGUUCUUUCAUGAAUUGGGUAUCGACAAUAACCAAUGGAUUUUCUGGGUUUGCUGAAGCCAGGCCUUUGUCAUUUGCACCGCCACCCUUUUCAUAUAUAGAAGGAAACCCUAAAAAUCUUUCUUUAUCUCAAGGCAAAGAAAUCGGUGUUACCUACAAAGAUAUGGGUUUUAAAUCUCUCUUUCGAUCCUUAGUCCCCCCUGGCUACAACAUGAAAAGUAGUACCAAUAUGCAUCAAAUCACAGAACCUAUGGCUGCGAAAGAUCUAAAUGUAGAAUGCAAGAAGCUGGAGUUUAAUUUGCACAGGAUACUUCCUACUGAUGACCGGAGAUUAAAUAUAGUCAAUAGAAAUGACUCGCACAAUGAAGUUUCUCUUCAAGCAGAUAGGCUUAAAAAAAAUCUUCAACAGGGUGAAGAAUUUGGCGCAGCUAAUGGCAAUGUAUCCCUGGGUUCUUCAGCAUUGUCUACCAACAACAAAAAUAAGCUUCUUCAGAACUUAUGGAUUACUCGGUUUUCUCCAAAAGUUUCUUCAGGUAUGCAAAUUUCGGUAAAUGAGGAAGGUAUGGAUACUCGGACUUAAGAUAAUGCUGCAGGUAGCAAAGAUCGUGACUGUCUCCUUCCUGUACAAAGCCAAAUGAGUGAUCUUGAUGUGGAAAAGCUUAGUGUUUUUGAGAAUGGGAAGCAGAAGCUCAAGUUUCGGAAAAUGCUCUAUUUCGCUAAAAGGAGUUGAUACCCUUAGACAUUCAGAACUUUAGAAAGUUGCAGGUAACAUAAUAAUCACGGAACAGGAGCGUGUUGGCUGUAAAAACUGAGCUCUGAGGAUCUCGCACACUCAAGAUUCUGAACUCGACAUCCAUGCAAUUCUGUGUUACUUGAAAUGGCUCCUCCGCCAAUUCAUGUGAUGAGAGUUUAUAUAUAAGAAAUUGUGAAUCUAUUGUUAUUUUUUUGGUUCAAAAGUUCAGAAUGCCAUUGGCUUAGUUGCUAUCUACAAUGAAAAAUUAUUUAUAUUUGAGUA